ACCCUCCCUGUGACAUCACAGUCCAGAGGUUAAUAAAGGGGGCUCUGAAAAUGCAGCAGCACCACUCUCCAGAGACCACAGGUUAUCUCGUCUCCUGCCUGUUCCUUGCUCCUCCGACCCUUCAGAAUGGGAGACUUCAGUGCUGAUCAGCUGGACGACUUCAAAGAGGCUUUUGGGCUCUUUGACAGAAUUGGUGACAGCAAGAUCGCCUUCAACCAGGUGGCCGAUGUCAUGCGUGCUCUGGGACAGAAUCCCACAAACAAGGAUGUGGUGAAGAUUCUUGGCAACCCAAAUGCAGAAGAUAUGGCCAACAAGAGAAUUGAUUUUGAUGCCUUUUUGCCCCUGCUGAAGACUGUGGAUGCCAUUCAGAAGGGAACCUAUGAUGACUACGUUGAGGGUCUGCGUGUCUUUGAUAAGGAGGGUAACGGCACAGUCAUGGGGGCUGAGCUCCGCAUCGUACUCUCAACACUUGGGGAGAAGAUGACUGGGCCAGAGGUUGAUUCCCUUAUGCAGGGACAGGAAGACGAGAAUGGCUGUGUGAACUAUGAAUCUUUUGUGAAGGCCAUCCUGUCUGUGUAAGACCAGCUGGAGUGGUGUGGAAUCCAAAAUAUAUCUGCAGACCCCAUGGUGUCAAGACAUCCACUCACAAUUUUUAAGACCAACCAAAGAAUGAAAGGGACUAUGGGAUGUCAUGUCAUUACCUCCCUACUUUCUGAUCUUUUCAUGACACGUUUUUUUUCCCUGUUCUCUCUGGAAGUUCUCCUUUUCACAGGGGGCUGGAGUGUGGGAUGGAGGAUGUUGACCACUCACUAAGUGAGGGUCACUCCUUCCACUUUUCCUACUAGCACACUCCUCACUGCCUUCUCAAGCCCACACUAUCCAGAAAUGCCUAAGGCAUUCUUAUAAGAAACUGUGGACCGGUUGAUGAAAUCCUCCCCCCUAAAAAUAUCUUCACGUCAACAUUUCACAAAAUAAAUUAUUCAAAUCUGUAAUCUCCA